UCUACAUCUACAACUCAGCUACACUCAACUGACGAAGAAUGGCCCGAACGAAGCAGACUGCACGAAAGAGUACCGGAGGAAAGGCACCCAGGAAGCAACUGGCUACCAAGGCUGCAAGAAAGAGCGCACCUUCCACCGGCGGUGUGAAGAAGCCUCACCGAUACAGACCAGGAACCGUUGCCCUGAGGGAGAUCAGGAGAUACCAGAAGUCCACUGAGCUGUUGAUCCGAAAGCUGCCCUUCCAGCGACUGGUCAGAGAAAUCGCUCAGGACUUCAAGACUGACUUGCGGUUCCAGAGCACUGCCAUCAUGGCUCUCCAGGAAGCCAGCGAGAGCUACUUGGUCAGCCUGUUCGAGGACACCAACUUGUGCGCGAUCCACGCCAAGAGAGUCACCAUCAUGCCCAAGGACAUCCAGUUGGCUCGACGAAUCCGAGGAGAGCGACUGGCUGAAGUUAGCUUUGGGUCAAUUCUAGAGGCAUGGUGCCAGAAAUGGAAGAUAGACGUGAACCCGGAGAAGACGAACUUUAUACUUUUUACAAGACACAAGAAGAAUGACUGCAAAUUAAUGCUACAGAACGAAGAGAUCGAACCAUCAACAACCACUAAACUUCUGGGAACUACAUUAAAUAACAACCUGACAUGGAAAGACUAUCUACAAAGAAUUGAAGACAAAUCGACAAGGAAAAUCAAUUUUCUACUAGUACUACGAGCCAAAGGCAUCAAAUCCAAAGUCUUAAAGUUUUUGUACCAAUCAACAAUUCUACCAGUAUUCACAUACGCAUCACCUUCGUGGGCAAACGCAUCUACAAGAAUGGCCCGAACGAAGCAGACUGCACGAAAGAGUACCGGAGGAAAGGCACCCAGGAAGCAACUGGCUACCAAGGCUGCAAGAAAGAGCGCACCUUCCACCGGCGGUGUGAAGAAGCCUCACCGAUACAGACCAGGAACCGUUGCCCUGAGGGAGAUCAGGAGAUACCAGAAGUCCACUGAGCUGUUGAUCCGAAAGCUGCCCUUCCAGCGACUGGUCAGAGAAAUCGCUCAGGACUUCAAGACUGACUUGCGGUUCCAGAGCACUGCCAUCAUGGCUCUCCAGGAAGCCAGCGAGAGCUACUUGGUCAGCCUGUUCGAGGACACCAACUUGUGCGCGAUCCACGCCAAGAGAGUCACCAUCAUGCCCAAGGACAUCCAGUUGGCUCGACGAAUCCGAGGAGAGCGAGCUUAAGCUCAAGGUGUA